CAAGCCUAAAGUGGAGUCUCUGGGUACGUUUUUGACCUGCCGUGUGACAAUCAUGUGAUCUUUCGUUUUUCCCACAUGAUUCACAUUGUAGACGAGCGUGACAUUAGUCCCAGCCACAAGUUCUACAAUUCUCUUCCCGACGUGGAUGUUGAGAAGGACGAGCAAGAGGUAGGUUUAUUAUAUAGUAUAGUGAGCUCAGUCGUUCUCUGCAAUACAGCUGUGAGAGAGGCGCAUAUCAUUAUGUAUCUGUUGUGCCCGCAGGAUGACUCUGACUUCCAGCCCACCCUGCUCCGUGUGAGCGACGAGACUGGAAGCCUCGAGACGUCCAUUGUGGCCGAGGGCAAUCUCGCUCGUGGCAGUCUGGACCCGAAAGACGUGUUCAUUGCUGAUACUGGUAAGGAGGUGUUUGUGUGGAUCGGGAGUGGAGCUUCGUCAGCCGAGAACCAGAACGCGUUGCCCUAUGCCCAUAACUACCUAAUGAAAACAAAGCACCCCCUGGUGCCCGUGACCUGCAUCAAGGAUGGUAGGGAGACGUCUGCUUUCAAUGCCAUCUUCCGCUAGAAUGUUUUCUGAUAUUCAAGAAAUCAAACUGACGAGUGAAAAAGACUUACAUAAGAACCAAUUUUUAGUGGUCUAUCUCGUUCCUAUAUAACCUGUAGCAAUUGAUACACGGAAACUAGUGUUAUGUAACUGCAUAUUAAUGCAAAUUCUUGUAUAUUAUAGCUCUAUUAGAUUUUUUUGAAAUGUUCAAGUGGAUGAUAAUGUGAAGGAGGUUGAACAAUGUAACGUGGAAAAAAACAGACAAAAGGAAAAAUUUGCUGAACAUGUUUAAAAAUUAGAGUGAAGAGUUUAGAUACUGAACAAAAAGAGUAGGAAUAGCGGAGCUGUUCUCUGGUGGGUGGAGCUUCGUGUAAUUAAUGAACUGUCUCCUCAGCCGACGCAGCUCUACCAUGGUAACGUGAUGAGGUAGGCGGAGCUUGUUGCUGGAGGCGGGGACCACAGGAGACAAGGGUGAUGUCUCCGGGAAGUGCAGUCCUCUGUGCCUGGAGCACGUGGGAUACCACUUCUUGCGUCUUACGAUCAAGAUCAUGGAGGAAGUCAGCCGAUGAGAGGGGUUGUGACUGAGUGGAGAGGUUUGGGGGUGGCGGCUUUCGAUGGAGGAGGGACGACAAGAUGUCCUCUGCAGGUAGCGGGUCCUGAGGGUAGACCACAAACAGCGGGCUGUCCCAGCGAUUUCGAGAGUCCGGUUUCUCAUACCUCAUGACCAAACUGUCGAACACAUCGGGUGCGUAUCGCUCCGUCUCGUCCUCCCGAGAGGAGUUCCAGGUUAGGGCAACGUCCGGCGAGACGUCGCAGUGGAGGAUGCACUGUGGGGUCUUGACGUGUUUGGAGAGACAGUAGAGCUCGUAGCGGUAGCCCUUGAUGUAGUUCAGUGAGUCCACAAUCACUAUCCUCUCUGGGGAGAAAUGGUACAGUCAAACCCGUCACACCUAAUGUUUUAAA